CCAUGUACUUUUUGGUUGUUUAUUUGGUGACCACUUUCACUUCAUCAUCCUGUGCGCUGCACGGUGAUUGGACGGGGCUGCGUCUAGGCGGCGCUGUUACAGGUGCACGGGGUGAUCACGACCACGUUGUGCACCAUGUGUACAUACUAGGCAGUACGGGAAUUGAUUCAACUAACUGACAGGUUGUACAGUGGAGCUUAGCUGGCGUUCCACCUGCAGUUAAGUUAUAGUGUGAAGUUAGAUCGGUGUCUCGUGCGAUCCCUUGAUAAGACCAAGAUUUGCCAGAAGAACAUUUUAAGGAAUUUCCCGAUCGCUUAGAGAAAAAAAAAAACCUAGGAGAUUCAUGUCAAAAUGGAUCGGACUGGAGAGGUUUUGGAGCAAGGACGCAGCAACGGGGUACGGCCACAGAACCACAUUCUGCCGCCAAGGCAUCAUCCCUUCUACAGUCAAGCCAUGAUGUCAGCGCUCUCCCUCGACCACGCCAGACGCCAGGAAAUCUUCCGCCGUCUUGAGAUGAUGAACGGCCGCGAUGACUACGAUUCUGACGAGAUGGACGGAGAACUCAACUACAAGGAUGAGGAGGACGAACAAGAAGAGGGCAUGUUGACGCCGGAGGACAAAGAACUGGACUUGUCCCUCGGACACCGGAACCCAAGAAAACUGAGUCCCCACCGUCACCCUAUAUUCCCUCCGCGGCACUAUAAGACCUCACCUCCGCACCUGAAGACCCCACCCCCUAUCAACGGAAGCCCCGUUCACUAUGAACCUCAUGCUAGAAGGAACUCAUUGUCUCCGACCUCGGCGAUCAGAGAGUAUGCCUCACGAGCCGAGAAAACCUUCGAGAAGUCCCCACUUGAGAGGUCCUCACUCGAGAGGUCGCUGUUAGAAAGGUCUCCUUUGGGGAGAUCCAGGUCACCUUCUGAGGGGCCCGCAUCAACAAAAACCUCUGAGAGGUCCUCAUUAGAAAGAGAGAGAACCUCUCUGGACAGAUGCCCGUCGGAGAGAUGCCCCUCAGAUGAGGAGACCAACUCGCUGAAUCUGGCUAACCGACCCGAGGACUAUUCCAUCAAAUUGGAGAAGCCGUGCGUUGGCAGCCCGUAUUCCGAAGAUGAGAACGACGUCUUGGAAGACGCUAAGCCCGUCUCACCGACGGCUUUCAAGGAGGACGGAAAGCCGGAGCGAGGUGGACAGUCUGAGUGGACUUUUGAAGAGCAGUUUAAGCAGCUGUAUGAAUUAUCCGACGACCGUAAACGGAAGGAGUUUCUGGAUGAGCUUUUUUCAUUCAUGCAGAAAAGAGGCACCCCAGUGAACCGUAUUCCCAUCAUGGCCAAACAAGUGCUGGACCUGUACGAGUUGUUCAACCUGGUCACUGCCAAGGGCGGCCUGGUGGAGGUCAUCAACAAGAAACAGUGGCGGGAGAUUACCAAAGGGUUGAACCUGCCCGCUUCCAUCACCAGCGCUGCCUUCACGCUCCGAACACAAUACAUGAAGUACCUGUACCCAUACGAGUGCGAGAAGCGCCAGCUGAGUACCCCGUCAGAGCUGCAGGCCGCAAUUGACGGCAACCGGCGCGAGGGUCGUAGGCAGGUCUAUACCACCAGUGCCGUGGGGUUUGGGCUGUCCCCACACUCACCGACCUUACCCACGAUGAUACCUCACCCAUCAGCCAUUCCAGCCAACAUCAGGGACUCACCAGAAUUUGAUGACGAGCGUGAUGUUCGUGACUAUCCGCCCCCAAGAUCUUUCCUCCAACCGCGACUGGCCAAACACCCAAUGAAGCACUCCCUCUACGACGAGCCAAUCACACCGCCGGCAAAGCGCCCUCUGUUGACGGAGGAGCAGCAUCAUCGCUACUUGCUGCAACAUCAGCAGCAUCAUAUGAUUCCUCCUGCCGCUCAUAUCAAGGUCACGAGUAAUCAUGCUCAGCGAGACACAGGUCUGCCUCUCUUUGAGCUGCGUGGAGAUAACUCCCUCAUCGUCAGCAUCGAGCUCAACGGGGUGCUCUACCAGGGGGUCUUGUAUCCCCGAGGCACCCCCCUUCAUGUCAUCACCAACAGGGCUACAGGGUCAUCAGCCUGAGAUACCCUCCUCACCCCCUCCACCCAGCCUAGUCUUGGGUCAAAGCUGGAAUCAGAUUAUCUUAUCCUGAUGCACAUGGCAAGCACAGCCAAGUGGCGAUAGAGGGGCUAUCAGUAAGAUGAAUCCAAUCAAACCUCGGCGCUCGGAGUUGAGAAAUUUUGAGCAUACCUUACGUGCUUGUGUUAGCAGGAUUAAAUGAGCCUGAGAUAUUUCCUCGGGUUCGAUUAUUGAGGAAUGCCCAAACUGGAGUUGAUUCAUCUUGUUAGCAACACCCUCUUACCGCUGCAUUAGCAUCUGGUGUGCAGACCAAUAAAUCGACUCCCAUCGACCUCAGUGACAAUUACGCGCACUUUCAAAAACUCCCAUCGACCUCAGUG